GCACAAGCCACCUUCACCUCGAUUGCGUUGGAUUUGCGGCUGCUUGCGUUCCUCGCCUACGCGCAAGCUACCUACUUACCUUACAGCAACAACUGCAGGGCAGUCAGCCAUUGGACCAAACUAUCAUGUACCCGUGUCCUUGAUUUCCUUCUGCAGGGCCUUUGCGCGACUCGAAGGACUUCGCGCAUGCAGCCAAUGGCUCCUCCCACUUCAAGCAUGGUGGUGCUGUUGCUUUCCCUGACGCUACUAGCGUUUGCUGGUGCUGCACAAGCCACCGCGGAUAGCCUGCCAUCAUACCACUUUGGCGCGCCCAUCUCAGUGGAGUGCCUGAACAGAAGCUCAGAAACUGGCGAACACAUUGAGCUUGCAAACCACGAGCUCCAAUGGAUUCCCUUCCCAACCUGUAACGAAACGGGCAAGUCCCUCGAGUUCAACUAUGGCAUCGAGACGGAGCUCAACUGCACGAUCCCUAUGAUUACGGACCCAUUCUUCCAUCUGCUCGAGUUCUACAUUCAUUCGGACGCGCCUCUGGCGUGUCGCCUGCCCUCUAGGCCAUGGCCUCACGUCGAGGCGGUGGGCGAGAAGCCUUUCAAGAUGGAGUACAUACCACUUGUCUUUGCGUUGGCCGGCACGCUGCAGCUGUCGCAUCUGCACAUCAGCACGCACCUCAACGUACUGCUGCACAGCACGCCCAAGCACCACAUCCACCCGCACGACAGCGGCGUGCUGGAUUCGGGCGCCGCAUACAGCACCUCGCCGCUCAGCCACAUUACGGGCCCGGCGGCUCAGACCAGGCGGCUCGUUAUUGGCGACCCGCUGCCGCUCAGCUUCAGCGUGAGGUGGUUUCCGACCCCGGCCCUACCAAAAACGGAGGGCCAUGUCGAAUGGCAGGGCAUGGGAGGACAUGUCUAUGCUAGCACCGUGUUUUACGCCAUAUCUGCGUUCCUGGCGGGAAUGACUUGCUCCUGUGUCUAUUUCUGGGGCUACGUACUGCCUAAGAGGCUCCGUGGCAGGGCGCUGGGUGGAGCCACACCUUUGGGUCAUGGGCUGAACAAUGGUGUUGGCAACGGUUGGGGUAUGGCUCCAAUCAAGAGGGCGAUAGACUAAGCGGGUGGUAAAACUGCAAUGGGAUGUGUGUUAAAAUUGUCAUGUCAGAGCCAUUAUACUAUCAGGUGUACUAGCCUACAUGCAUGAGUACCAAUUUUCUGUGAUUAGACGAUCUGCUUGCUGAAUCGGGAAGGGCAAAAUCUAAAGAGAACCGAUCCCAUUUCGGUCUGUUUGACUGACUGAAUAAUAAACGAGCUCUUGCGAAACCGAGCUCUUCUAUUGGUCCAUGCCUUUG